AUGAAGCCUACGAUCAAGGUGACAGAGGCUUCUCAGCUUCCGUCUCCUCUUACAUACCUUGAUCGAGUAAAGUAUAACUUUGAAUUUGAUGUUCUCUACUUACUGGAAUCUGUCAUUUCAUAUCAUUAUAUUGAUGAAUAUAAUAUGGACGGCAACUUUUAUUCAACGAUCAAGGCCUUGGAUCCCUCUAUUGUCCGUGGAAUACUAGAACUGGUCGCCCUAAAUAAAAAGAGAGUAUGGGACCCGUUCACAGCCUUUAGGAAUAUAUGGGAAAAGUUGGACAUGAAAGUAUGUCAAUUGCGCAAGAUACCCAGUCACUGUGCGAUGCUUCGUAAAGUCAUUAUUACACCUAGUACUCUUUUUAUUCAACCUCCCAACUUGGAAACAACCAACCGUGUCGUACGACAUUACCGUGACUAUGCAGAUCGAUUCAUCCGUGUUCAGUUCAUGGACGAAGGCUUUAACCGUGUAGGCGCUGCUCGUACAAAGAUGACGAAUGAAGCGAUAUACAACCGUAUCUAUGAUGCCUUGAAACGGGGUAUCCAAAUCGGCGACAGAAGAUAUGAAUUUUUGGCUUUCUCAAGCUCGCAAUUACGAGAACAUGGCUGUUGGUUCUUUGCAUCCACGCCGGACCUUACACCAGACAUGAUUCGGAGUUGGAUGGGCGUCUUUUCUCAUGAAAAAGUCGUGGCUAAACAUGCUGUGCGUAUGGGUCAAUGCUUUUCUUCGACUAGGCCGAUCUGUCGUUUGGAAGCCGAUGAGGUGCAGUUUAUAGAUGACGUGGUUUAUAAUGGGUACACCUUCUCGGAUGGCGUGGGUCGAAUUGCGCCCUCCUUGGCAGAGCAAGUCGCAACUCAAAUGGAUCUCAGACAUAUUCCAAGUGCGUUUCAAUUCCGUUUAGGUGGGGCCAAGGGCGUCUUGACGGUGGAUAAGAGCCUUGAAAAUGGAGGAGUCAAGGUACAGCUUCGUCCUAGUCAAAUUAAAUUCAAGUCAGAACACUUGACAUUAGAAGUUAUCCGUACAUCGACCUAUAUUCACGGCUACUUAAACCGUCAGGUGAUUACUUUAUUGUCUGCUUUGGGCGUUCGUGACAAAGUAUUUUUGAAACUUAUGGAUAACAUGCUUCAUGAUAUUGACAAGAUUCUCAGAAAACCAGAAGAAGCUGUCCGUGUGCUUCUUAGCAAUACAGAUGAAGCUGGUACCGCACCAAUCAUGGCAUCUAUUAUCCAAGCAGGCUUCUUGGAGAGACAGGAUCCCUACAUUAAAAAUCUGCUGAACCUAUUUCGUGUAAAUAUUUUGAAGGACUUGAAGAAGAAGGCAAAGAUAUUAGUGCCUCAGGGAGCUUUCUUACUAGGCGUCAUGGAUGAAACAAACACUUUGGAAGAAGGUGAAAUAUUUGUACAAAUCUGGGAUUCUUCAAGCACUGGAACAAUUAGACAAAUCAUUACAAAGGAAUGCGUCGUAUUCAGAAAUCCGUGCUUUCAUCCUGGUGAUGUUCGUGUAGUGCAAGCGGUUGAUAGGCCUAAUCUCCAUCACUUAGUGAACGUUGUUGUAUUUUCUUCCAAAGGCUAUAGAGAUAUACCAAGUAUGUGUUCAGGUGGUGACUUAGAUGGUGAUGAUUACUCUGUCUACUGGGAUCCCAUGCUCAUUCCGCCCAGAAAGAACUAUCCACCUAUGGACUAUACAGCAGCUAAACCAAGGCUAGUGGAGGAUGUGAAAAUUCGUGAUAUUCAAAGGUUCUUUGUAAACUACAUCAAUAAUGAUAAUCUUGGACAAAUUGCUAAUGCUCAUCUUGCCACGGCUGAUAUGAGCGAUAAAGGAGCCAUGGACGGUCGAUGCAUUUUAUUGGCUCAGCUUCAUUCAGAGGCAGUUGAUUUCCCAAAAUCUGGCAAGCCUGCUAUUCUUUCUGAAGACUUGAUUGUGAGAAAGUUUCCAGACUUUAUGCAAAAGAAGGACAAGGAAUCCUACCAAUCUAAAAAGGUGCUUGGUCAUAUUUAUCGCUCUGUUGACAAGUCGGAUUAUAAAGAUUACAUGUCAAUGCUGACUGAGGAAGCUGUGUAUGAUACCCGUCUACAUGUUCCUGGUAUGGAGUAUUAUAUUGGUGAGGCUCGCGAGCUUCGUAGUGACUAUAAUCGCGACCUACUGGGCCUUAUGAACCAAAGUGGAGUCCAGACGGAAGCAGAGAUUGUCUCUGGUUAUAUCAUC